CCAAACGCAUUUAUUUCUUGUUUCAAUUGGGAGAACAGAAUUUAUGCUGCUUAAACAAGUUUGUUUUGGUGAAUACAGAAUAGUAUAGCAGCAAAACGAAAAAGAAAAAAACAAUACCACUAAAUAAAAAUAUUCUCUCUCUCUUCAAUGGCGUCGUUAACAGAGUCCAUGGCCGCCCUCUCUUCCCCUGCUUCUUCACGCUUUAGAACCUCAGUAUCACAGCCGGAAAUGAUGAUUUCAUCGGUUUCUUUAUCUAGUCGCGGUGGCUUUCCGGGAUUUAUGGGGUUGAAGAUCCAAUCUUACUCGAAGGCGUCGUGGAAUUGGAGAUAUCGUAGGGUUUCGAAGCACAAAGGAGGCGUUGUUUGCGAAGCUCGAGAAACUGCUCUUACGGUUCCAGUGGUGACUGAUAAAACAUGGCAAUCACUUGUUCUCAAGGCUAAUGGGCCUGUAUUAGUUGAGUUCUGGGCUCCAUGGUGUGGGCCAUGCCGUAUGAUCCAUCCAGUAAUAGCUGAACUAGGACAGCAAUAUGCUGGAAAGCUCAAGUGCUUCAAACUGAAUACUGAUGAUGGUCCCACAGUUGCUACCCACUAUGGAAUCCGAAGCAUCCCAACAAUCAUGAUCUUUGUCAAUGGCGAGAAGAAAGAUGCAGUUAUUGGUGCUGUACCCAAAACUACUCUAUCCUCAAGCAUAGAGAAAUUCUUGUAGAUAUGGAGUGAUGACUGAUGGAAUCAAGUAUCCAAAGGCUCAUCACUAUUUAGUUGAUUAGAUGCUUUUGUUAUUUGCAUGUAAUGUUGAAAUUUUGCCUACUUUGAUAUUAAAUUUGGAAGCUUCUUCUAAUGAUGUUUUGUUUUUAUAUAUGUUUAUGUUCAAUGUGAUACAUUUGAACGAUAACAAUAAUGUCAUCUUUGGUGAAAAAUAAUCUAUUGUUAAAAUAUAUAAAAUGCAAGAUAUUUUU